AUGCCGGAGCCCGGGCCGGACGCCCCUGGCACGGCUAGCGCGCAGCCCCCGCCGCCGCCGCCCCCACCUCCCGCGCCCAAGGAGUCCCCGUUCUCCAUCAAGAACCUGCUCAACGGAGACCACCACCGGCCACCCCCUAAGCCGCAGCCGCCCCCACGGACGCUCUUCGCGCCGGCCUCCGCCGCCGCCGCCGCGGCCGCGGCCGCCGCCGCUGCGGCCAAGGGGGCUCUGGAGGGCGCCGCGGGCUUCGCGCUCUCGCAGGUGGGCGACCUGGCUUUCCCCCGCUUUGAGAUCCCGGCGCAGAGGUUUGCCCUGCCCGCGCACUACCUGGAGCGCUCCCCGGCCUGGUGGUACCCCUACACCCUGACCCCCGCCGGCGGCCACCUCUCGAGACCUGAAGCUUCGGAGAAGGCCCUCCUGCGAGACUCCUCCCCCGCCUCGGGAACCGAUCGCGACUCCCCGGAGCCACUGCUCAAGGCCGACCCCGACCACAAGGAGCUAGACUCCAAGAGCCCGGACGAGAUCAUUUUGGAGGAGAGCGACUCGGAGGAAGGCAAGAAGGAAGGCGAGGCCGCUCCGGGAGCGGCCGGGGCGAGCGUGGGGGCGGCGGCAGCGACGCCGGGCGCGGAGGACUGGAAGAAGGGCGCCGAGAGCCCCGAGAAGAAGCCCGCGUGCCGCAAAAAGAAGACGCGCACGGUCUUCUCGCGCAGCCAGGUCUUCCAGCUCGAGUCCACCUUCGACAUGAAGCGCUACCUGAGCAGCUCGGAGCGCGCCGGCCUGGCCGCGUCGCUGCACCUCACCGAGACGCAGGUCAAGAUCUGGUUCCAGAACCGCCGCAACAAGUGGAAGCGGCAGCUGGCGGCCGAGCUGGAGGCGGCCAACCUGAGCCACGCGGCGGCGCAGCGCAUCGUGCGGGUGCCCAUCCUCUACCACGAGAACUCGGCGGCCGACGGCGCGGCGGCCGCGGCCGCGGGGGCCCCGGUGCCCGUCAGCCAGCCGCUGCUCACCUUCCCGCACCCGGUAUACUACUCGCACCCGGUGGUCUCGUCCGUGCCGCUGCUGAGGCCAGUCUGA